UGUUCCCACCCCCCGCCCCAGAGAAUUUGUUGGUGAGCCAGAUGUCCCCAAAGUGAAGGAGGUGAAUGGCUCAUUGGCAUUUCUUCCCCUACAGGCAUCUCAGAAGUAGAAAGCCUUCUUAUUCUUCUGAAAGAACAGGAGGCUAAGUAACCUAGAGCCUGUGCUUAUGUUCCUGUGUCUAGAGAUCUGUGCUUCUUCGUGGUUUCCCUAACCUUUGCUUUCUGCCCAGUAACUCUAGAGACCAGUUUAGAAGCUAAACACUGAGGCCUCAACUCAGGCUUGGACUCUGAGUGGUAGAUGAGGUUUAGAAGGUUAUUAAGUCUAUCGUUAUUAACCAAUGAUGAAUCUAAGUCUUACUCUCUAACAAAGGCCACUUAAAAGACAGUGUUAGGUGACUCUGUGGAAGACUGUGGCUGAACGCAGAAAAAACAAAACGUAAGUAUUUGGGGGAAACGGUCCUGUCCAGAUGGAUUGAGUAGGGGUCCCGGGAUCCCUUUGAUCUGAUGAUGCUGGUCUGUUUUUCACAUUAUAUUCUUUCUGUCCAGUUGUUUUACUUUUUAGAUGUCUAGUCAUUCACUUCUUUAAGGAGUUGGGAAAAUGUAAGCAGUGAUAUCAACUAGUGGGGUGGGAACUCAGAGGUAGCAGAAGGAAGCUGCCCCAGUGUGCUGCGGCUAAGGAGAAAGUGAGGGUGUGUGAGACACAGGCAGGACAGCACCUGAUACUGGCAAGAUGAAAAUGGUGGCCAAGUGUGUACAGCACACUUCUAUACCUUCCUGAUGUUACAACCCUUUAAUACAGUUCCUCAUGUUGGGUGACACCCCCCCACCAUAAAAUUAUUUUCUUGCUUCUUCAUAACUGUGAUUUUGCUACUGUUAUGAACCACAAUGUAAAUAUCUCAUAUGCUGAAUAUCUGAUAUACGACCCCUUUAGGCCCACAGGUUGAGUAACACUGGUGUAUAUGGUAAGGUAGUCUCGUCCUUAAGGGCCAGCAACUGAUCUUAUCAAUGCAGAAUAAUUGUGGAGUCCUGAGCCUGAGGCCAGUGGGUGGGUCAGUCUCUGCAAACUCCUGUCUGUUCCAUCUGGCCUCUUGACAUAUACCACCAAGUUCACAGCAGGCAGGAUGACGCUGGGAGGCGUGGAAAAGAACGUGGCAGGGCUGCCUGGAAUAAGGUGCUGUGCCUCUGCCCUCACUCAGUGUCCUUGGGAGACAUUUCCAGCUAGAACAUUUUCACAGGUACAUGAACUGUGGAGCCCGGAGGCGUGAAAGAACCCAGCCCACAGACCACAAAGCUAGGUGUGGCCAACAGAAGCCCUUAGCGUGCAGAGAAGGGAGCCACUGAGUGAAGAGUACUCUGGCAGGCAUGCUUCCUCUCUCAUAACAAGCUCAACACCAGCGCAAGAGACCAGGGUUCCCAGAAGCCGAUCCCCAAAUCCAAGCCCACUAAAUCUGGUGGGUUUCAGCCUUCAAAGCCUCAGGAGGAAAUUGCUCUAACUUCUUUGUUCCCCCAACCCCCUGUAUUUCACUUUUUUUUUUUUUACUGCACUUUUAGGAGUCUUUUUUACUUCAGCUUAUUUUUUUUCAAAGAUUUAUUUAUUAUUAUACAUAAGCACACUGUAGCUGUCUUCAGACACACCAGAAGAGGGCGUCAGGACUCAUUACAGGUGGUGGUGAGCCACCAUGUGGUUGCUGGGAUUUGAACUUGAGUUGGUUUGUCAAGUAUUUCUCAUUUUAUUUAAUAGAUAUUUAUUUAUUUGCAUUUCAAAUGCUAUCUCCUUUCCCAGUUUCCCCCCUGCAGCCCCCAUAUCAUGCUUCUAUGAGGGUGCUCUCCCACUUACCCACCCACUCUAGCCUCACUACCCUAGCAUUCCUCUACACUGGGGCAUCAAGCCUUCAUAGGACCAAAGGCCUCCCCUCCCAUUGAUGCCAGAUAAGGCCCCUUCAGCUCCUUCAGUCCUUCCCCUAACUCCUCCAUUGGGGUCCCUGUGCUCAGUCUGAUGGUUGGCUGCGAGCAUCUGCAUCUGUAUUGGUCAGGAACUAGCAUAGCCUCUCUGGAGGCUCUAUCAGGCUCCUGUCAGCAAACACUUCUUGGCAUCAGCACUAGUGUCUGGGUUUGGUGUCUGCAUGUGGGAUGGAUCCCAGGUGGGGCAGCCUCUAGAUGGCCUUUCCUUCAGUCUCUGCUCCACUCUUUGUCUCUGUACUCUCUUUAGACAUGAGCAAUUCUGGGUUAAAAUUUUGGAGAUGGAUGGGUAGUCCCAUCCCUCAACUUGGGGGCCAUGCCUAACCCCUGGUUUUGGUCUUGACAGGUUCUUCCUUCCCUUUGUGGUUUUUUUUUUUUUUUUUUUUUUUUUAAAUGUGGACUCUGAGAUCAAAGCCAGGCCCUGUGCUUAUACAGCAAGUAACUUGCUAACUCAGCAAUGUCUCGUGCCUGAAACAGUACAGUAUGUUCUGUUUGACUCCCUUUCUUACAAUUAGUCUCACCUUCUCUACAGACUUCUCCCCUGGUGAUCCUGUAUCUCUGUACUGUGUUCUUUCCCCUCCAUCUUCAUGACAUUGUGCUAGACACACCUCUUCCUUGUCUUUCCUUCUAUUUCCUUUGAUUCCAUGUAUUUCCCCCUUUUUAAUCUCAUCCACUUAUUAUAUUUGUAUAGACUUUAAAUAAUUUUCAACUUCAUAGCACAUACUACAUGAUUUUACCAUUUUCUGUUCUACAGCCAUUCAUGAUGCAUCCAUGAGCUUUAACCAGUAUUAAAUGUAUUCCUAUGCCAAGUAUGGCUUGGUAUGGUUGCUAUCCCAGCAAUUUGUUGUGUCCUCUCUGGAUGGUACUAGGAAUUGACUCCAUAAAAGCUCAAUAAGAAGACACACAAAUGAAGCUGGAGGAGCUAUCAAAGCCAACGGAUGUGUACGUCAUAGCUCAGACACACAAGAAACACGAACAAACAUCAGCACAUCUCCCGAGAAGGAUUGUCGUAAUUCCUCAGAUUCUGAACUCAGAAACGUGAAGUUAACAAAUUACAGAUGAAAUUUUUUCAUGAAAUUACAGAUGCAAAUGUUUUCAUGUAAAAUGAUCUGUGACCUCAAAGAUAAUGGAAAGAAGCAGAUGAAUAUAGUGAUCAAGAGAUGAAAGCCAGUGAUACAGACAAGGAAGUCAGAAGAAGAGCUCAGGAAAAAGUGAGCAACAAGGAUGCACAAACAGAUUGGUUUUUAGUUUGGGUGUUUUUUUAAUCAAAUAGAAAUGUUGAAAUGAAAAAGAACACACUGGAAACCAUCAACAGAUACACCAUGAAGAAGUAAGACUAUCAGGAAUAGAAGGGAAUAUCAAAGAAGCGAUCAUCACUAAAUUAAAAAGCAUCAUUAACAUCACUAAGAUCUUCUUAUAAGUAAUAACAUGGCUUCCAAAAAUAUCCAGAGAUGCAAUCAAGAGAUAAACCUAAGGAUGCAUGAAGCAAUAGAAAGAGCUGAGAUAGAAACUAAAAGGAUAGAAAAUCUAUUCAAUUAAAUUAUAGCAGAAAACUUCCAAAAUCUAACUGUAAAUCUAGACAUCUUAGUCAGGGUCUCUAUUGCUGUGGUAAAACACCAUGACCAAAGCAACUUGAGCAGGAAAGAGUUUUCUUGGCUUAUAUUUCCACAUCAUUGUUUAUCAUCAAAGGAAGUCAGGAGAGGAACUAAAACAUGGUAGAAACCUAAAGUCAAGAACUGAUUUUCAGAGACCAUAGAAGGGUGCUUCUUACUGGCUUGCUCCUGCUUUCUUAUAGAACCCAGGACCACUUGCCCAGGGGUGGCACCAUCACAAUGGGAUGGCCCUCCCACACCAAUAACUAAUUAAGAAAAUGUCCUAUAAGCUUGCUUACAGCCCAGUCUUAUGGAGACAUUUUCUCAUUUGAGACUCCCUCCUCUUCAGUGACUCUAACUUGUGUCAAGUCACCAUAAACUAGUCAGCACAAACAGAAAAGGCAUUUAGAAUCCCAAAUAGCCAUAACCAGAGAUUGAUAACACAAUAUAGGCAAGGUGCCCAAAGUACCAAAGAAACAAUAGCCAAACUGUAAGAGAAAAAUAUCAACUUACAUCAUCAGCAUCAGAAUAACAUCAGACCUCCAUACAAACCCUAAAAAUGACCAAGAAAGCAUGUUUUUUUUCAAUGACUGCUUCAGUCAUUGAAAUUAAAAUAACUAUCAACCAAAAUUGCUAUUCAUCAAAAUUAUCUUUUAAAUUCAUGUAGAGGAGCUGGAGAUAAGGUUCAGACUGACACCCUGAGUUGAUCUCGCACAGUAGAAGGACAGUACUGAUUCCUAUAACUUCCCUCUGACCUCCAGAUAUACACAUGGCACGUGCAUACCCCACAUUUGCUAAGUAAGUAUUUAAAAAGUAAAUAAAUUCAUGGAGAGAUAAGGACGUUUUAAGACAAACACAAAUUGAAGCAAUUCUUGACCUCAACUCACUCUGCAGAAGUGCUAAAGAAAUCCUGAACACAAAGAAGAAUACAGUGUCAGCCAAAAGAACCCAGCAGAGAAUGUAAUUUUCUUGUAUUGAAUAGAUGAAUAAGAAAGACUAAAAAGACUCCAUCCUGUCCAGCAUAGCCAAGCCCCUAAUACAAAAGAUAAAGGAUGCCAUGACAUACUUAGUAAAGGAAACAUUCCAUCAAGAAGAGAGAAUGAUUGUAAAAGUAUAUGCAUUGAAUGCUGGGGCUUCCCAUUUCAUAGAGCAAGUGUUCUAUGCAUGUGUGUAAAAGGGCAGUUGGUUCCUGACACAAUAGUAGUGGGUGACCAUAAUAUCCCAUCUCAUCAAUAGAUAGGCCAUCUAGACUUGUAGUCAGUAAAGAAACUUCAGAGUUAACCCACACCCAAGAUCAAAUGUCUGGCAUUUACAGGACAGUCCACUCGACAGCUGCAAAAUAGACAUUUGUCUUUCAUCUGUGAAGCUUCCACUGAAAUAGAUCACAUUUUAUUCCAUUGACAAGUUUUAACAAUACAAAAGAAUUGAAAUAGCUUCUUGUAUCUAUUCAGGGUGCAGUGAACUAUGACUGGAACCCAAGAAGGAGAAAAAGCACAGAAGCUCACAGAUGCACUCUUGAAUGAGCCGUGGGCCAUCGAAGAAAUCUGUGAGGAGAACUUGAAAGAGUCUGAGAAUCGAAUGAAAAAAUAAAAGCUCCACUCGUCAGAACCUUUGGAAUCUAACGAAGGCAGUUACAAAAGGAGCAUCCAUAGCUUCAAGCUCACGCACAGUAAGACUGCAUAGAAAUAACUCAAGGAUGAACCUCAAGACCUCAGGAAGACAAGGGCAAUCCAAACCCCAAAGCAGUAGAUGGAAAGAAAUAACAAAAAUCAGAGAGGAAAUGAAUGAAAUGGAAAGGAAAGGAACAGUACCAAGUCUCGAUAAAACUAAGAGUGUGGCUCAUGGAAAAAUAAAUGAGAUUGACAAAUUCUAAUCAAUGAACCCAGAGAAAGAGAAGAUGCCAGAAUGAAUAAAGUUAGACAUAAAAGAGAGAUAUCACAACAGAUUUCAAUGAAGUCGAGAGAAUAUGUAGGACAUAGUUUAGUAAAACAUGAUUUGGAAAGCCUAGAAGAAACAGCGGCACCACCCAAUCCCAACCGUGAGGUAGCUGGAGACACUAUCAUCUUCCGGGAUACUCAGAUCAGCAGCAGGGCAGUGUACCAAUGUAAUACAUCCAAUGAACAUGGCUACCUGCUGGCCAAUGCCUUCGUCAGCGUGUUAGAUGUACCCCCUCGGAUGCUGUCUGCCCGCAACCAGCUCAUCAGGGUGAUCCUUUAUAACCGGACACGGCUGGACUGUCCGUUCUUUGGGUCUCCCAUCCCAACACUCCGAUGGUUUAAGAAUGGGCAAGGAAGCAACCUGGAUGGCGGUAACUACCACGUCUACGAAAACGGCAGUCUAGAAAUCAAGAUGAUUCGCAAAGAGGACCAAGGCAUCUACACCUGUGUGGCCACCAACAUCCUGGGCAAAGCCGAAAAUCAAGUCCGCCUGGAGGUCAAAGACCCCACCAGGAUCUACAGGAUGCCCGAGGACCAGGUGGCCAAGAGGGGCACCACGGUGCAGCUGGAGUGCCGCGUGAAACAUGACCCCUCCUUGAAGCUCACAGUCUCCUGGCUGAAGGACGAUGAGCCACUCUACAUUGGAAACAGGAUGAAGAAGGAAGAUGACUCCCUGACGAUCUUCGGAGUGGCAGAGCGGGACCAGGGCAGUUACACGUGUAUGGCCAGCACCGAGCUGGACCAGGACCUGGCAAAGGCCUACCUCACUGUUCUAGCUGAUCAGGCCACUCCAACUAACCGUUUGGCUGCCCUACCCAAAGGGCGACCAGACCGACCCAGGGACCUGGAGCUCACUGACCUGGCUGAGAGGAGUGUGAGGCUGACCUGGAUCCCAGGGGAUGACAACAACAGCCCUAUCACAGACUACGUCGUUCAGUUUGAAGAGGACCAGUUCCAACCAGGGGUGUGGCAUGACCACUCCAGGUUCCCAGGCAGCGUCAACUCAGCCGUCCUCCAUCUGUCCCCAUAUGUCAACUACCAAUUCAGAGUCAUCGCUGUCAACGAGGUUGGGAGCAGCCACCCCAGCCUUCCAUCCGAGCGGUACCGAACCAGUGGGGCACCCCCUGAAUCUAAUCCCAGUGAUGUGAAGGGCGAAGGGACAAGAAAGAACAAUAUGGAGAUCACGUGGACGCCUAUGAAUGCUACCUCUGCCUUUGGCCCCAACCUACGCUACAUUGUCAAGUGGCGACGGAGAGAGACCCGAGAGACUUGGAACAAUGUCACAGUGUGGGGCUCUCGCUACGUGGUGGGGCAGACGCCUGUCUACGUUCCCUAUGAGAUCCGAGUCCAGGCUGAAAAUGACUUUGGGAAAGGCCCCGAGCCUGACACCAUCAUUGGGUACUCCGGAGAAGAUUAUCCCAGGGCUGCGCCCACUGAAGUUAAAAUCCGAGUCCUGAACAGCACAGCCAUCAGCCUUCAGUGGAACCGAGUCUACUCUGACACGGUCCAGGGCCAGCUCAGAGAGUAUCGAGCUUACUACUGGAGGGAAAGCAGUUUGCUGAAGAACCUGUGGGUGUCUCAGAAGAGACAGCAGGCCAGCUUCCCUGGUGACCGUCCCCGGGGCGUGGUGGCCCGCCUGUUCCCCUACAGUAACUACAAGCUGGAGAUGGUGGUGGUCAAUGGGAGAGGUGACGGGCCUCGAAGUGAAACCAAGGAAUUCACCACCCCAGAAGGAGUACCCAGUGCCCCCAGGCGGUUCAGAGUCCGACAGCCCAACCUGGAGACCAUCAACCUGGAGUGGGACCACCCAGAGCACCCCAACGGAAUCCUGAUUGGAUACAUCCUCAGAUACGUGCCCUUUAAUGGAACCAAACUGGGAAAGCAGAUGGUGGAAAACUUCUCUCCCAAUCAGACCAAGUUCUCUGUGCAGAGAGCAGACCCAGUGUCGCGUUACCGCUUCUCCCUCAGUGCCAGGACACAGGUGGGCUCUGGAGAAGCAGCCACAGAGGAGUCCCCAGCACCUCCAAAUGAAGCUACUCCAACUGCAGCUCCUCCCACGUUGCCCCCGACUACUGUGGGUACCACAGGCCUUGUGAGCAGUACUGAUGCUACUGCCCUUGCUGCCACCAGUGAAGCCACAACAGUUCCCAUCAUUCCAACCGUCGUACCUACCACCGUCGCCACCACCAUUGCCACAACUACUACAACCACUGCCGCCACCACCACCACCACCACUACGGAGAGCCCUCCCACUACCACUGCUGGGACUAAGAUUCACGAAACCGCCCCCGACGAGCAGUCCAUUUGGAACGUCACAGUGCUCCCCAACAGUAAAUGGGCCAACAUCACCUGGAAGCACAAUUUCAGGCCUGGAACUGACUUUGUGGUUGAGUACAUCGACAGCAACCAUACGAAAAAAACUGUCCCUGUUAAGGCCCAGGCCCAGCCUAUACAGCUGACAGACCUCUUUCCCGGGAUGACGUACACGUUGCGGGUGUAUUCCCGGGACAACGAGGGCAUCAGCAGUACCGUCAUCACCUUUAUGACCAGUACAGCUUACACCAAUAACCAGGCAGACAUCGCCACCCAGGGCUGGUUCAUCGGGCUCAUGUGUGCCAUUGCCCUUCUGGUGCUGAUCCUUCUCAUCGUCUGCUUCAUCAAGAGGAGUCGAGGUGGCAAGUACCCAGUGCGGGAAAAGAAGGAUGUCCCCUUGGGUCCUGAAGACCCCAAAGAAGAAGAUGGCUCAUUUGACUACAGUGAUGAGGACAACAAGCCCCUGCAGGGCAGCCAGACAUCUCUGGAUGGCACCAUCAAGCAGCAGGAGAGCGAUGACAGCCUGGUGGACUAUGGCGAAGGCGGCGAGGGCCAGUUCAAUGAAGAUGGCUCCUUUAUUGGCCAGUACACUGUCAAAAAGGACAAGGAGGAAACGGAGGGCAAUGAGAGCUCAGAGGCCACAUCACCAGUCAAUGCCAUCUAUUCCCUUGCCUGACGGAGUAUCCCAGGCACGGCACUACUUUGCAAGUAGGAGGGGAGAGGGGAGAUGAAGCAACUGCAGACCUACCAUAAAGCCACCACCACCUUCAGGGACAAGGGUACAACAUGGGGGUCUGCCAAGCUGUGAGGGCCAGUGACCACCCAGCUAUCCACAACCCCCUCCUAGUGAUGCCCCGUUACCCUUGGGUGCCAUUAGAUGGGAAAGCUAGAGCUAUGCUCAUUGCAGGGAGCCCUAGUCCCUUGCCCUGUCUCACGGCCACCCUGAGCGUCCCACCACAAUGGCCACCCCGAUCUCGGCUCACGAUCAUUCAUUUCUAUUGCUUACGAUAUUUUCAUUCUCUCUCUCUCUCUCUCUCUCUCUCUCUCUCUCUGCUUUGUGCAUCUUCUCCUUCCAAGUCAUUGUCUCCAUUUUCUUUUACUUUUGAAAAAGAAAAAAAAAAAGUCCCUGGAAAAAGAAUAAGUGGGCUCUCCCCAAGGAAAUGAAAACGAUGGGCAAAAAAAGGAUUGAUCCGUAACACAACAUGCAGAAAAGCUGUAGUAUUCAAGCUGCCACCAGGCCAGUGUGUUUCCGAAGGAUGCCUUUCGCCAUAUGUCUCCCCCAACCCCCACUCCCCACCCAUCUGCCUCGGCCACAUCCAUGCUGAGCUGGGCUUGGCUCUUUUCUGGAAAAUGACAGUGUUUUUUGGCAGGAAGAGGUGCGCAGGACUCCUUUCCAUGCCCUGCUUCAGUUGGGAGGGGGCCUUACCUCUUGCUCCUGGUUCUUACUCCGCCCCUGCCACCAGAGAGUCUGUGGAUGAGCUGCUCGGAUGAUGAGAAAGGGAGACCUACAAGGACUCUGGCGACCAGACCCGAAGCUGGAAGCAAGUCAGAGUGUGGUCCCUGGAUAAUGGAGCAAACCUCCAGAGAAGAGAAAGGGCUGGGUUUGGACCUCUUUUGUCUUUGGCAGUGAAACCCAGGGUGGAGGAGAGAGGGCCACACCUGCUCACCUGGUCAGGGUCUAUGCUGCUACCCUCCAAGAGCUGGAGCCCUGAGAUUCAGGAGUGUGGCUGGUGUGUCUGGGGGUAACAGUGCUCCUCCUCCUCCCGUCCUCUCCUUGCUCAAUUGUGUCUGACAUUGACUUGUGUUUGACAUGGUAUAUGAAUGGGGAUCUGCUGCCCCCAGAAUGAGCCUAUCUGUCCUUUCAUUAGGGUACGCAUACAUAUCGGGGGACCGUGAGGUGCACCGUAGUAACAGUGCUGUGAUGCCUCUCCCUGCCUUGAAGGACACAAAGCUCUUCGUAUGCCUUAUACAGCUCGGAUCUAACCCUGCGGUUCCCAGAUCCCUAGCCCUAUUCUGCAAGUCUUGAUGCCUCCAGUGAUGUGUGUCUCGGGACCAGGGCAGCCUAUGCAAGUGUCCCCUCGGGACCAGAAGCAGCCGCUCCACACACGCCCUUACCCCCCCUCCGCCCUAAUGGAGACACUCGCAGGCAUGCAGUUCUCAGCCUGAAGGUGCUGCCUUCAUUCCCCCACCUAACCCACUUUUGAAACCAAAGGUACCUUGCCUCAGCGACACAAAGAGAUGGGAGAUCUCAAGCCAGAGUGUCGCCCUGUAGCUGUGUCUGCAGCCUGAGGCAGUUGUGGGAGGGCAAGGUUGACCACUUCGAAUGGAUCGCCCGCCAUUGGCAUGGCCUCCAACUUGAGGUACUAGUUAGGGGCCUGGGUGGGACCAGGGCUGUGCAUUCCAGAGACUUUCCAAGAGCAUCAUUUGCCAUACGUUUAAACCGCAGAGGUAUUAACAAUGCUGUGUCACUUGAUAAGCAUUUGGGUGAGCGUCAACCCCGUAGGCACACACUCUUUGCAGGUAAGAAAUCAUAUCCCAGAGAUGAGCUGAUAAUGUUUGAACCUGAGAGUGUGUCAUGGUCCUUUGGACCAACCCAUGGCCAGCACUGCUUCCUGGAGGCCUGAGGGACAGCUCUCAUGGUGAAAGGGGACAGGGUAAACAGGAAGGCUAGGGGUGGGGGUGUGCUCAGGUCCCCUUCCCUGUUCUAGUCUAACACUUCUGGGACACAGCUGGGCAUUGCUGUAGUGUAGGUCACCAUUCCUGACGGGAGGGUUAGGGAAAUGCAACUGAGGUAAAGAACCAUCCUUCCCAGAAAACACUGUGGACCGGGAGGAAGUGGUGGGUUUCUCAGGCACCAUUUACACAGCACCAUCCAGCUAGUAAAGCCAUGGCACCAACAGCAGGCAUUCAGAGGAAGGGACUCGGUUGUCAUUGUAGCUAUCCCCCUGCCACAGGCAGCCUGGAGAGGGCUCUUUGGUGUUAAGGGUCUGGGAGAGAGGUGAAUCCUUAGGCUGUCUUUGUGCCUCAUUCCGGAGUUCUGUCAUGCUCAGUACUGUCCUCUACAGAAGGAAUGAAAAGCCCAUCAGCCCCUCCCUAAGGCUGUUGUGUUGUGGGUGCUGAGAGCUGUCCCAGCCACCAGCGGUCACAGCUCUCCUGGCAGGAACAGAUUGGGGGCUGGAGAACCAGAGAAAUGGCAGGUUCCCAGACAGAGCAGCUCAGCACUGUGAGGUUUCAAGGAGGCAGCUUUUUCCAAGAAGGGGAGAGGCCACUUUUCACAGAGCCUGCCAGAGUCUACCCUCAACUCAGCAAGAGAACAGUAUUGCCACCCCUGCACCUGGAUCUUAGGCAGCCACCCCAAAGUGGUGCCUAGGCCUGCUCGUGUUUCAUCUCUCAGGUGGGAGCAGGGGGACAGGGUGGGUCAUCCUGCAGUGAUUCUGAGUGCUUAUCAAAAGCUCUUUGAGCAUCUAGUCUGGGCCAAAGCUUAAGCCAUGAAUACCAUGUGAACAAGUGAGGUCAGAUGUGGUCCCUACCCACGCAGGGCUGAUGUUACUGGAAACGAGUAGGUGAGUUCCUGGCACACCGUGACCAUUCCGUCAGAAGCGUUGUCCUGGUUUGCCUAUACUGCCGAUUGCUUCAAGUCAGAAGGGAGAGGUUUCCAAAGGAGAACUUGCUCCAUUGGGCCAGCAAGUCUGGGCAGGACAUGACGGUCAGGAUGAGUGGAUUCGGUAGGCAGCACUGUAGUGCUUUAGGGUGUCUGUCUCCCACAUUUAGCCCCCUCUGUGAAUACUCCUGUUUGGAGGAGGACAGGUGUACCCGAUCAGGACCAACUGUCCCCCAUCCUGCCUGGGAUAUGCUAAACAGGACACAUCAAGGCUCUACUCGUGUGUAGAUAGCUGAGUUAAUACUAGAGGGAAAGCCAGGCUGGCUCCUGCCCUUACCUAUUUCCUCCUUCCCAGAGGUCAGUGUAGGAGGGACCACCCCUCCCAACAAGUCCCAAGAGUCAGCCAGUGAUUCAGCUCACCUCACAAAAGGAACAAGAGAGCACGUUCCUGGUUUCCCUGAACACAGUCAGCAUUGAGAAGGGAGUAAAAGCAUCCUCCCCAUCCCCCAUACACACACACACACACACACACAAACACACACACACACAAGCAGACCCAACUGUAGGGAACACCCUAGAUCAUAAUCUUACAGCAUGAGCAUCCAUAUCUUGGUUCACAUGAGAUGAGCUGCUAAAGCCUGCGGGUGAGGGGACCUUGGGGAGGGAGAAGCUGUUCAGAUUGGGCCUUAUUUUUGGUUCCCGUGGACAGAAGGUAGAGAAGAAAUCUGAAGGAGAGAGAAACUGGCCUUUGACUCUCCUGGCCCCUCCUGGGAGCCCCAGCUAAACUCGGCUGUCCUAGAGCCUCUGGAUGGGAAGCAAGGUUUCCUUGCUGUUUAUGAGGCUUUUUCGUGGUUGCUCAGAACGGAUGAAGCUUCUUGUUCCCUCCAUGGUCUAGGGCCGAGGCCCAGACUCACUUCUCAGAGGAAGGAGAGCAGGUUGCUAGAAUGCCAGCCCAGAACCCGUCCCUCAUCUGUGUCAGUUCGGAGUGGGGUGUCCUCCAACCAAGACCAGCAGCCUUUGCCCAAUGAAAGCCCAUGGCCAGGAUUAGGUCCCAACAGCUGGGCCACAGUGCUCUCUUUCUAGUGAAGCAAAUGUCCUUACAUAUAUUUCACAUGGUAGCCUAGGAAUCCCAUGUAGGCAGUCCCCACUCCAAAACAAGAAGUCUCAAGCCAGUGACAGAAAAUGUAGAGUGUAACACCGGCAGCUUGGGCAAAGAGUCCCCAACUCAGUGGCUAAAUGCCUGAGACCAGACCCGUGGCUGUCCCCACCCAACACAGCCUCAGCCCAGAAAGUGCCCUUGCUUUGCUUCCUCUUCUCAGAAGGGGACUCUCAGAGACACAUUCAGGAGAGGACAGGGAAGGACACGUGCCCAGGGAAGCUGCAAGACUCCCUGAGCUAUCUCCAGCCACGGCGGAAAGCAUUGUUGCUCUUAUCAGCACAUUAGUAUUAAAAGGCUGUUGCUUGAGCAGAGAUGGAGAUGAAACAGACGCAAGGCAUCUAGCUCAGGACAGAAUCGGAUUCCUCAUGUGAAGGAACCUCAGAGCUGAUCUGUUUAAAAUGACUCAUCAUACAGACAGGGAAAUGACAGUGCGGGGAGGGAAUCUAGCCAGUGAGGGUACAUUUAGGACUUGAACUUGAGCCUUCUGGGCCUUCUGACUCCGUGUCCAGUGUUCUUUCUUCUCACCACAGCUGCCUCAGCAGGUGUUGCCUGAGAUCUGUCCUGCUUGUCACCAUGUCACCUCUCUCAGCCAUUACACUAUGUUCCCAGAACCUCCCAGCAAACAACCCAGGCUUUUCCUGAGUCUGAGAUCAGCCCGUCUGCGAUAACCUGUGAUUAGCUCAGUCAUGGAGUCCCAGGCAGCCCGAGGCUGGAAGGUAGAAGGAUGAGCCCGUAGGUGUUUGCUACUGUGAAACCUGGACUGGGCCCCGGGAUGGUGUCUCUUGAUUCAUCACACGCCUGGCCUUCAGCAUACCGUAUUCCUCAGAAGGGAGGGUAAGGAGGGGUGUCUCUGUCCAUCCUGCCCUUGACCGCCAAGUCUGCAGGUAUUGAGGGGUAGCAGGGCCCAGGCAAGUCUCCCACCCUGGGAUCUGCCGAGCUGGAGUUUAGCAGAUGUAAAGACUUCUAUGAAGCAAUAAACACAAAAGUCUGGGAGAAGCUAUCCAGAGUUUUGUGCAAUCCUGUUUCUUUUUCAAAGCUGUAGCAGAUCAGGUGACCCUGACCUGCUUGCUCUUCUAACAAAUGUGAUGUCUUCAGUCAGUGUUUGCCUCUACCCGGCUUCCCAGCUCUUUGCCAACUUCUUCUGAGCUGAGUUAUCAGUCGCCUGUGACACGCCCAUUCUCUGUCCUGGUCCCGCCCCCAACCAUGGUGGAUCCUGGAGGACCUCGUACCCCUCCCCUCCCCCACAUAUGCAUCUCUCCCUUCCGACAUGGUGUUCCCUGUGUCUCCAUGCUGCCCACAUUCCUAAGCACAUGAGUUGGUCUAAUCUUUUUUUCCAUUGGUUACCUUUAACUCUCCAUGGCAGGCUCACUUUAAUCCCUCACAUCAUGUCCUUCCCUUCUUGUGAGUUAUUUGUCAUUAACCGACAUUGUCAGCGACAGACGUGUAUCUGAGGGUGUCAUGCACGACCUUCAGCAGGGACUUCUGGGCCAUGGAGGACUGUCUAAUACAUGGACUUAUAAACUGGCUGCAUGAGCAAUGAAAAGGCCAAAUUAUUCUGAUUUUUUUUUUGAAUCACUGUAAAAAAAAAAGCUGAUUUCUUUUGUAUAGAGAACACUAAACGUAUAAUAAAAGUUGUUCAAAAUGGA